ACCACUGGGUGGAGAUGCGGACCAAGAUGCGCAUCAUGGGCUUCAAUGCCGAAGCCGUCAAGCCGCUGAACGAGGGGGCGGCCGCCGAGCUGGGCGCGGAGCUGCUGGGCGAAGCCAUCAUCUUCGUCACAGCCUGCAGCUGCCUGUUGAUUGAGUACAGGCGCCAACAGGCGCAGCGGCACCGCAAGGAACUCGAGCGGCGCGCCUCGUGGGACGCGCUGCGGGACGAGAUGGGCCACCUGGCGCUGGCGCUCGAGGCGCUGCAGGCGCAGGUGCAGGCAACGCCGGCGAAGGGCACCCUGGAGGAGCUGCGGAAAGAACUACGGGAGGUGCGCGCCCAGCUCCAGGCCGACCCGGACCCGGACCAGCUGCCCGAGCCCCUGGAGGACUAGGAGGAUGCAGGGCCUGGUGUUGGACAUGACUGCUGUCUGAGCUGCGAGGUCUCCGACGUGGCCUGCCGUCUGCACUGUCCCAUUCUCUAUCGGCCCAGCUGACACCACCUGGUCUCUUUGGGAUCAUCAGAGGGACCCUAGGAUGUGAUCCAAUCGGGCAUCUCCCUACUAACCUGCCCAGUGGUACCUUCCGCCUAGUGUCCCCCUCCCACUGGUGGAACGUUCCAACAGGGACCCGCCCCGUCCCCCUGACCUCGCAGGCACACACUUCAGAAAGGAAAGCUGCAGUCCUGAAUGGGACCCGCCUCUCCACUAGGUGGGUCAGCAGGACAAAACAAAAGUGGAUUCUGCACCUGGAUUUAGGCAGCCUCUCAAUGGGUCACUCACAUGCCCACUUACCUGGGACGUGGGCCCUUCCCGCAGGGACGCUCAUCCAUUGCACCGGAACACCCCCUGCCUUUUCUUCAUUGGUUCAGACCAUUAAGAAAAUGCAGAAAGUUCCAAAGGACUUUCCAACCCAGGUGCCUGCCAUCUACCUCACUUUUGGGGGGCAUAAGGGAGGUGGGCCUUGCCAGCAUCAGCUCCAUCGAAUACCCUGGGGCUCCUGCCUUUAAUACUCUGGGGUGCCUUUGCCUGGGAUCCUCUUCCUAAGUGGGUCAUUCCAACCGAACCCCCUCUUCCUUUAGUCUAUGGCAUAACCCACUGGCAUGGUUGAGCAGGGUCUUCCUGGGCAGUGCCUCUAAGAUCCGCCUCCCCCGGUUCGUUCCAGCAGGAUGUAGCCCUUACGCAGAGGAAAUUGGUCCGGACCAGGGCUAAUCCAUUCUUUCAGUCUCAGCCCCUUUACCAGUCAGUUCCAAGUCUUUGACCUAUUCCUGUGCUUUCCCACAGCCCGUCCCUGUGGUCCUAUUCAGUAGCCUUUUUAAGGACCCAUUUGUCCCUCUAAUAUACAGGUCAGUGUUACAUCCCCUAUCUUCCAUACAGAUCUGCUCCUUGGAGAUCCACGGCCAUUCCUUCUUGCUCUUGGUCUGGUCCCCAGUCCCCUCACCCCACAAUGCCAAAGGCCUCUUCCGUGGGGACCCCACCCCUGUUCAAAUGGAACAUUCCACUAAAGCUUAUUACCUCCCUAACCCACCCUCUGCCAACUCACUGAAGGGGCAUAUAUCAACUCUUUAACUUUGGAAUCCUAUUUUUUUAAGACUGUAGAAUUUUUAUAAUUAAAGGAGCUCUGAGGUAAAGAAAUCAUCAAUGUGUCUGAGAACCAUGAUUUGCAUCUGUCCAAUGGGCACAUGUCAUUAAAAUUAGGA